UUCCAUUGCAAUCUGCUUCAUUUCUCUACCCUGGAGCCCAUUUUGCCUCGGCUACCAGGGAAUACGUUGGCCUACUGCAUUGCACGGGCCACGGUGGGGAAUGUCAUUUGGAACUGGGAAGGGGGGAACAGAGACUAAAUAGAUGAUCCUCGCGACAUUUUGCCACACCAUCCGGGGUCUCCAUCAAACAUGACCUCGACACCCACUCCCAAUAGAGGCCUGGUGGUUUUCUCGGGAGGAAGUGCUGCUAAUAAUCUGGUCGAUGUGUUCAGCGCCGUUCGCGAGAGCAAAAGCUGCCUGCUCAGCUACAUCAUUCCCAUCAGCGACAAUGGAGGCUCAUCCUCGGAGCUGAUCCGAAUCUUCGGCGGUCCUGGGAUUGGCGAUGUCCGAAGUCGUUUAGUUCGACUGAUUCCCGACUGCCCGCCGAACUCUGAACGGGCCGCAAUCAAGACCAUCUUCAAUCAUCGCUUGCCGCCAGAUGCUGCGACGGCCCUUGCCGAAUGGCAGUCGAUCGUCGAUGGGACCUCCAGUCUAUGGAGAUCGGUCACUCCCGCAAAAAAGGAGCUAAUCCGCUCGUUCUUCAAUCUUCUGAACCUGGAGAUUCUCAAACGAGCAAGGCCUCCAUCUUCCACUUUCGACUUCACAUCCGCCAGCGUCGGUAACUUGUUCUUGACUGGCGCUCGCCUUUUUAGCGGCAGUUUUGAGAGCGCUAUCUAUCUCCUAGGCAGUAUCUGCGGCGUUCCAUCGGACGUUGUUCGAGUGAUCCCCGCUAUCAAUUCCAACUUCUCCCAUCACAUCUCGGCCUCUUUGGGUGACGGCACAGUUAUUGUCGGCCAGAACAGUAUUUCGCAUCCCAGCGAGGCUACUGCUUUACAGCCUCGGCCAGGGUCCAGAAGACCCAGUCUACUGCUCGCCGAUGGCGCCGAUGAUAUCGAGCCGCCUGAUGUCGCAGACGCAAUCUCCUACGAGGAUGACCACCUGCCUGGCUCCCUACCUACACUACGCAACAAGAACAUUCAGUUCUCCAAAUCGGAAAACGAGGACCUCCCUUCACGCAUCACCCGCAUCUGGUACAUCAACCCUUACGGCCAAGAGAUCCGUCCUCCGGCCAAUCCGCGUGUGCUCGAAGCUCUGCGCGAUGCCCAGGCGAUCACCUACAGUAUCGGCUCGCUGUACACGUCCAUCCUCCCCUCCCUGAUCCUCCGGGGCGUCGGACAAGCAAUCGUCAGCAGUCCAGCACGCCACAAGAUCCUCAUCCUUAACGGGUCCCUAGAUCGUGAAACAGGCCCGCCUUCCGAACCCUUCACGGCCGUAGAGUUCGUCGAGGCCAUUACCCGUGCUGGCGAAGAAAGCCGCGGCCGAAUGACCCUUCGUUUACCGGACAAUCAGCACCGAUCCUCAUCUCUGGAUCCCAGCAUGCCCUACUCUUCGUACGUGACCCAUAUUCUCCACCUUGACGGCCCUGGAACCCCUCGCGUCGACCGCGACCGUCUAGCCGACAUGGGUAUUGAAACACUCCGUCUCUACGGUCGGAAGAUCGUGACAACCGAUGCCGACGGCACAGAGAUCCCGAUAGGCAUGAAGUAUGAUCCAACGGCGCUUGUACAGGCCUUGGAAGUGGUUCUAGGGAAGAAGGGCGAUGCGAUGCUGCGCGGCGGUGAUGGGAAUGGGCUUAGUCGGCGGAACACAUUGGAUCCGGGGCGAAAACGACGAGAAUGAUCUUUUUGUCUAUUUUCUUUGGGAUUCAUCUAUAUUUGGUUGGCUGUUAUAUAAACGGUAUAAUAUUUAUAUAGGCUUUGAGUUUUGGUUACAUUAUAUUAUGUUGUGAAU